AUGGGAAGAAAGCUGCGACACGUGCUUAUUUUCCUUCUCAUCAUCCUGAAGGAGCCCAACAUGCCAGAAGCUGACUGCAGCUGUGCAUCAUCAGAAAACUGCACAUGCAUUGAUAUGGGCCUGACCAGCAUCCCUCAGAACCUCCCAUCAUCUCUCUCUUGCUUGAAUUUAGAACGUAAUUGUAUAACAGCUAACCAGAUAGCAAUGAUCCAUCCACGUACAUUUGCAAAUCUACCACGACUGUAUUCGUUGGAGCUGGACAGGAACAAUAUAACAAUGAUUCAACCAGGUACAUUUGCAAAUCUACCACGACUAAAAUGGUUGGACCUGGACAUAAACAAGAUAACCAUGAUUUCGCCAGGUACAUUUGUAAAUCUACCACGACUAGAUGCGUUGAAAGUGUCCGAAAAUCAGAUAAAAAUGAUUCAAUCAGGUACAUUUGCUAAUCUACCGCGACUAAGAUGGUUGGACCUGGACGUUAACCAGAUAAAAACUAUCCAACCAGGUGCAUUUGCAAACUUACCGCGACUAGAGAAGUUGGAGUUGUGCGAUAAUCGGAUAACGAUGAUUCGACCAGUUACAUUUGCAAAUCUACCACGACUAGAAGUGUUGAAAUUGUGCCAUAACCAGAUAAAGAUGAUCCAGCCUGGCACAUUUCAAAAGAUGGCUCUCUUUAGACUGAAUAUCAUGAAAUUUCAUUCAAUUAAAGACGAGAUAAUAUGUGACCAACCCCCCAAAUUUCAGGGACAAAAGCUACAAGAUAUCAAUCCUGAGGAAAUCCACCAUGACCAGUGUUGA